GGGGGGCAAGAUAAAGAAAUCACGUAUUUUGCCAUAUAGCUUUUUGAAGCUACUUUCUUAAUUAGUGAGUGUUUGAGGGAGUAAGAUAAUUUGGUGCGUUUUGUGCAGAGAAAAAUGUCUAAAGUCCGUGUGCUGAGGGCGCUGGUGGAGCAGCGGUUAGCUGCAGCUGCUGAGGAGAUAUUCGGCCUGUUUGAAAGAACCAUAGCAGAGUACCAGGAGGAACUCUGGCGGUCUAAAGAUAACGAACGACAGCUGCUGGACGCUGUUCUCAACCCCGAGGUUCGCGUGCACACAGCAGAUUCUCAUCAAGUAUUCAGUGAUGCCCAGUCUGUUCUUCAGUUUGCUGGUCUGCAGUGUAUGUUUUGCUCUUUGCAAAUAGAGGCUUCUUCAGGACAUCUACAUCAAAAACAUCUGAGGGAUGCUGUCUACUUUUUUGAUGGCAGUACAGAAAAGUUUGUGGUGGCAUGUUAUUGCCAAGACACAAAAAUAAGCCAUAGAUGCCACAAUCAUUGUCCACUGUGCAACUACAGAGUAUUUUCACGAACUGUGUCCUUCAGGAAACAUCUUCAACAAGUUCAUGGAAUUGCAUCAUACAAGAAAAAAGAUGUGCAACAAGUGUUGGUGGGUAAAGAAGAUAUUCCCCCUGACCAGCAGGAUGUUGGCCUUACUCUGAAGCCAAAGGACUCUCAGACCCCACACAUCAAACAACAGGAGGCAGAAGUAACUAAGUUCGUAUGUGUGCAUGUAAAGAGUGAAGAUGAUGAAGAAAAACCUCCCUUCUAUCAUUUUCAUCAAAGGCAACAUCAGGAGACCAGAGAGGUAGAACCUUUAGCCAGCAGCUCAACUGUACCCAUGAAAGCAGAAACUGAUGUUGAGGACUAUGACAGACCAGAAAUGAGCAUAAACCCACAUGAUGACAAGACUCCACACUCUUCUGUAGCCAAGACUGAACAGAAAGACCACUGGACUGAACCCUGGGAACCUCAAUUGGCUUUAAAGACUCAUAAAAAUAAUGAAGUCUAUAUAUAUGAUAAAAAAAAUAAUCCUGGCAAGAAAAUACACAAAUGCUCCAAGUGUGGAAAAACAUUUAGACAUGAAAAUGCACUGAAUGUCCACAAGAAAAUCCAUAAUGUUCAGAAAUCAUUUAACUGCUCUGCGUGUGAUAAAACAUUUAAAUACAGUGUGAGUCUGAGGAGGCACAUCAGAAGUCACACAGGAGAGAAACCAUUUGUAUGCUCUGUUUGUGGUAAAGCAUUUACUCAGACAGCAACUUUAAAGUUCCACAUGAGAAGUCACACAGGACAGAAACCAUUCAGCUGUUCGGUGUGUAAGAAACAUUUUGGGCGGAAAGGAGACAUUGAAAGACACAUGAGAACCCACACAGGAGAGAAACCUUAUGUUUGUCCCUUUUGUAAUAAAGCAUUUACACGGAGAGCAAGUCUAACGCAACACAUUAGGGUCCAUCACUGAAGACCACCAGAGACGAGACGUAGAGUCGCACUCCAUCUGUUGUCAGUUAGUCACACAUCCUUAUACAUGUCAAAACCUGGACAAAUUGAAAUUGUUUUUAGUACAUUUGGACUGGACAUCCUAAAUCAUUAUAUCAUCAUCAUUAUAUUCCAGAGGAGUUUGAAUUUGAGCAUGAUUAAAUUUUACCGAUAGUCUCCAAGGACCACCCAGUUAUUGAAUCAAGUAUUGAUUAUUUUGUCCACAUAAGGGUGAUUCUUAGACUACGGGCACUUAUUGUGUUCUUUGAUCAUAUUGUAUGAAAAACAGAAAAAAGGGGAAAUUUCACACUUUUA